UUCUCUCCACCCUCCAACAUGGCCAGAGACGAGGAAAACGAAAAGCAGCUACACAUAGUAAUGUUCCCAUGGUUGGCUUUUGGACACAUGAUCCCUUACCUCGAGCUGGCCAAGCUCAUAGCUCAAAAGGGUCACAAAGUCACUUUCAUCUCCACACCAAGAAACAUAAACCGCCUCCCAAAACUCCCACAAAACCUCACCACACUCCUCAAAUACGUCAACCUCCCACUACCCCGAGUCGACAAUCUCCCGGAGAACGUCGAGGCCACAACUGACGUCACAUACGACGUCGUUCCGUACCUCAAGAAAGCUUUUGACUUACUCCAACAACCCUUUGCCCAAUUUCUAGAAUCUUCCAACGCCGACUGGGUCCUCUUCGACUUCAUUCCAUUUUGGGUUCCUUCCGUUGCUUCCAAACUCGGCAUCAAAACCGCCUUCUACAGCAUCUUUCCCGCUCCUCUAAUGGGCUUCCUCGGGUCUCCUCUCUGUCUCAUGGGUAACGACCCAAUCCGUACCCAACCCGAAAACUUCACCGUCCCUCCGCCGUGGGUCCCAUUCCCUUCCACCGUGGCAUUCCGUUACUUCGAGAUUAUGAGAAUAUCUGAUGUUCUCUCCGAUAACGCCUCUGGCAUCUCCGACAAGUACCGCUUCGGCGCUGCCAUCCAAAACUGCGACUUCGUCGCGGUUAGGGGAUGCACCGACUUCCAACCCGAGUGGUUUCAGGUGCUGCGGAAUAUUUACCAGAAACCUGUUCUCCCGGUUGGCCAGCUCCCCACGACGGGGUUUGCCGGUGGCGAAGACAACGACGCGUGGCGGUGGAUGAAGGAGUGGCUUGCCAAGCAGGCGCGUGGGAGAGUGGUGUACGUGGCGUUCGGGAGCGAAGCGAAACCAAGCCAGGAGGAAGUAAGGGAGAUAGCUCUCGGGUUGGAGAAAACGGAGCUUCCGUUCUUUUGGGUGCUUAGGACUCGACGGGGAACUUCCGACACGGAGGAGCUGCGUCUGCCGGAGGGGUUCGAGGUGCGAACGAAGGAGAGGGGAGUGGUGUGGACGAGUUGGGCGCCGCAGUUGAAGAUAAUAGGGCACGAGAGUGUGGGUGGAUUCUUGACUCACUCCGGUUGGACUUCGGUGGUUGAGGCUGUUGAGAAGGAGAAGCCAUUGGUGCUGCUUACAUUUCUUGCGGACCAGGGGAUCAACGCAAGGGUGGUCGAGGAGAAGAAAAUGGGGUAUUCUGUGCCAAGGAACGAGUUGGAUGGGUCGUUUACGAGCGAUGCGGUGGCUGAGUCGGUUAGGCUUGUGAUGGUGGAAGAAGAGGGAAGGGUUUAUAGAGAGAAUAUAAAAAAGGUGAAGCACUUUUUUGUGAAUGAAGAGAGACAAGAGAGGUACGUUGAUGAGUUGCUAAGCCACCUUCGCAGCCACUAGCCACUAGCCACCACCGUAUAAAACUCAAUACUGUCUUGCAAUUUGGAAAAAGUAUUAAUAAUCAGCCUCAUGAAGUGGAUAAAAGAUAUAAAUACGUGUUAUGCAGGCUUAUCAUAUUAUAUAUUGUAUAAUGUGGUGAUGAGGGACGAGAGACGAGACUCAGUUAGCUCUAUCUAAACCAAAAUAAUGGUGAUGUUAAAUUUGGCGUAUGUAUGCUAGCUAGUAAUGCAUUACUGUUGUUUUCUUUUC